AUGUCACGCCGGACUUGUACUGCAAGCCGAGAACAUUUGCGCCAGGUCUUGCAAGUUGGACUGCGAAAACGGGCUCUUGUGUCCACGCAGCCACUGGAAGGGUUUAGCUCGGGUGAAACUUGGGACCUUGGCCAUUUUCUGGGCGAGAAGAGGAAGAAGGCUAGUGGAUUGAACUGGAACGAAAGAAAUGGACCCAUUGUAAAUCUUUGCUUCCGCGAAGCGAAUGAGACUGCGCUCAAGAAAUCUCCCAUUGCCCAUUCGACAAUACCAUACAUAGCAUGGGUAGAACGAGACGAUAUGGACUUGGUUAAACGAGCCCCAGCAACGGGCCAAUAA